UGGGAAGCAUUGCUGUGCAAUCAGUCAUUGAGACCGCGAUCUCUCUAGUCUGCUUUAUUAUCGUUCUGUGCGGAAAUAAAACAGAUGCUUGCGUGACAUGAGGAUUGCAUUAGUUGUUGUUUUUGCGGGCGUUCCGGAUUUACCAUUUCAAGGAUGUGAGAAUUUUGAAAUGGUUUGUGACGUGUUUGAUUUAUCGAAGAUCUUUUAGCCUGCGAAAAUUAGACCCGGAUAUUGCAUGUUAAAGAUCCACACAACAAACAGUUCUUUUACAAAUUGGUACCCUUGACAAGUCCAUUAAAGCAUACGACAAAUAGAGGCUACUGAUAAGUUCUGUAGAAACUACUGUCAUAUGUAGAAAAUGCUGUCAAUAUAGAAACAACCGUAGUGUUUAGAAACUAAAUCCGUCUAAAGAAAUUACUAUCAUCUAUAGAAACUAUUAUGGCAACUUAAGAAACUAUAAAGACAACUAAAGAAAGUUUCAGAUAAAUAAUACAAGUUGAAUAUCAGUUGGACAUCAACCCAAUUUAAAGACGAUAUAAAUAAAUGACACCACACUCUAUACUAAUUAGACAACCGGAAAUACAUUCGAAAUAUCCGACACGUGACAUCAGCGCACGCGCCACAGGAUUCUUUGCACGUUCUAUAUUCAUUGAGUGGAUCUGGUUACGAGCCUCUGCGUGUUUAACACAGUUAUUUCACUGGACGAGCGAGAUUCGCUAUACUUACAAAAUAUGGAUAAACGGUGUGGAUUAAAUUCACUUUUCCCAAUGAAAAGCGGGUAAUAUUUAUAGGAAAAAUGGUCUGGAAAUUUAAACGCAGACUACGGUGUGCUGAUUGGAAGCGCCAAGUGCUGUAUUAUAUUGGUGUGGCAUUUUCACUUAUCCUCGUUUGGAACAUCGUGGUUAUCAACUUGCAUUUCGACAGCGUUGAAAGUGAAAUUUACAUUGAUGCCGGUGGAACGUCACGUAGAAAACAUGGAACACAAAGGAGCGAAACCAACGUGUUUCACGUCAGUAAAAUCCCAUUCGCACGUACAGGAUUACGUUACGCAUUCGAAAGCAGGCUCAGAAAAUUACUAGAAAUCAUGGAAAUUGAUCUGGAUAAUAACGUAGCAAAUGUCGUUACAGAAAAUGUUUUAACGUACGAUACCUAUUUUCCUGACAGACAGUUAUACUGUGAUGACGUCAUGAAUAUUACAAAUAUGACGUUUAUCGCCUCCGGUUGGACAAAGGCGGUUUACAAAGGGGUAUUUCGGGACAUCCCUGUAGCAAUAAAAACCGUUGACGUCAAAGGACAAGACGUCACGACGUGUAUGAACGAGGGGAACACAGAGACGACUUGCUUUGUUAAAGCCGCCAAAAAGAUCGUAAAAGAAAUAGUGGUGCUGCAAGCGCUUACCGGACAAAAUGUUCUCAAGGUGCUUGGUUUUUGUCUUCCUCGCGAUACAGACGACAAUUUGUGGGUUGCCAUGGUGACGGAAUUAGGAGAAGCAGUCGAUUUAAUAAAAUUGCUGCAAAUGUCAUGGGAAGAUAGAUUAAGGAUUAGCAUGGACGUGACCGCCAUCGUGAACAUGAUGAGCGAGACCCCGUACGGCUCGCUGGCCAUGAACGACUUCCGGCGGCAGCAGUUCGUUCUCGUUAACGGCGUACUGAAGCUCUCUGAUGUCGAUGACAUCGGCUUCCGGGACCUGCCAUGCACGCGCAACUCGGACUGCCACGUGGACUUCGCUAGUAUGAAUUUCACUCAAAUUUCCGAAUGCGUUCACGGGCGAUGCGUUGAACUAAACGAGAAGCGCAACAUUUUCAACGCCGGCCGCCAUUUUGUGAUAUACCUGCUCCCCCACGGAGCUCCACCUAGACUCCAGCCGAUUGUGGAAGAGAUUGUGGCCGGGUAUACAUACAUAUCAAUGACGUCAGAACAGCUUCUCGCAAAAAUUACGUCACUCAAGCAGCUUUAUCAGUCAGGAUGGUACCUGAACAGAACCGAAUACGCUACUAGGAAUGCAUCUUACAAGCGCCUGACCGAGACUGACAUGCCCGGUUUCUAUGACUACCUAUGUCGUCUGUCUGUUGCCAUGGCCACGUGUACGGUGUCUGUGUAUGACCAGAUUGAGGCUGAAGACCUUUGUAACCAAGACGACCAUUGUCGCGCCUUUGUCAUGGUGACCCAGAAAACAUGGACAGGGCGAACCGUGGUCCACUUCAAGAACACUGUUGGGUCACUGAGAACGAACACGAACACCACGCUGUUUGUGAAGCCCAGCUGACUAUCGGGUUGGAUUUAGGCCAGGAUGAAACGCUCUAAGGAUACACCGCGCAACGAAUGGUAAAGGUUCUUGGCGUGGAGUCCAUUGAUUACGGUGUGGAGGAAAUACACUCCCUGCCCGACACGCUAGAUGUCGACAUUGCCCAUCAUCUAAGUCGUGGGACAUUACACUAUUGGAAGUAACUCGACGAACACACACGUGUAGUAGAUUCGUUUGUAAACCAUUCGCUAUUCGCUAAAAAAUAAUUUCCCGAGAAAAAACACAGUUUACUCCUCCAUCAAUGGAACGGUUUGUGAAACCAAAUAAUUUAAAUGUUUUCUUUGUGGAUGAAACACCUCGACACGCUAGAUGUCGACAUUGCCCAUCAUCUAAGUCGUGGGACAUUACACUAUUGGAAGUAACUCGACGAACACACACGUGUAGUAGAUUCGUUUGUUAACCAUUCGCUAUUCGCUAAAAAAUAAUUUCCCGAGAAAAAACACAGUUUACUCCUCCAUCAUUGGAACGGUUUGUGAAACCAAAUAAUUUAAAUGUUUUCUUUGUGGAUGAAACACCGGGGCAUUACUGGUUGAUAUUCCCCGUGUUUUAGAAAGAGAAUUGUCUCCCUUAUCUGUUCAUGUUCAUAUCCAGCUUGCUAGUAACACAAGCAUUUCGUCCAAUCCAAUUGAGCAUGUUGACACAAAAGCAGAAAUCCGAAAAUCAUUUCACUUCAAUAAGCUUUAGACUGUAUUUCUGACGAUUAAUCUCUGAAUGCUGUACUUAACACGAUUAUUUGCCUUUUUGGGUCAUGAUUAUGAAGUAAAAUAAUCUGUAAAAUAAAUAAAUGCCUUUGCAUACAUGAUUCACAUUUUCACAUGGUAUAUCACUAUUGCAAAUUCAAAUAUCACGUGACCCUACGUGUCCCAGUAAUUCUAGAAAGUGUCCAUGACUUUUUCCAGUCAACAUGGAUAGAGUACUUGCGUGCUCAAACAGGUUGAUUUGCCAUAUUGGCACUGUGUAAGGCUGCGUUUUUAUCACUUGUGAUGAAAUUCCACAAUUUUGAAAAUAUAAAAUGAUUGUAAAUAGAACGCAUGCAUAAUUCAUUCAAUUGAUAUAUUAUGUCUUUCAUUCGACUCUUUGCGAAAUUUGAUUUCGUAAAAGGUCCAAAAUCAGUGUUUUGUUGCUUGUCGACCAAAUAUAUACAUGUAAUAUAUAUAUGUAAUUUUUGAUAAAUUCGUUUUCAAACAUAAAUCCCUAUUUUUCAAAGAGACUCUUGUUUGUUUAUAAUUGCUAUCAAAUAUAAUUUUGCGAUAUUGUAAAAUAUUUUAUUUUCCCUAAACAAACAUUGAUGUUCACGAAAAGCAUUGUGUGUGUGUUUAAGCAAAGCAUCUAUUAUGAUUUGAUUGGCUGUGCCAUAGUUGGUCGAUUUCCAUCCAGUGCAUUAUAUAUGUUGUUGACAUGCUUUUUGAGAUUGUACACUCACUAAAAUGUACACUUUGCAAUAGGUUGUACUUUGAUGUUAUCGUUAUUCAUGUAAAUUACGUCAGCUUCCAUUACAUCUCAUCGUCUAUGAAAAAUUCAAACAGAGUAAUCGACUUUGUUUUUAGCUGUUGCUGAUGUAUUUAUUAUUAAAAUCUUAAAUCUU